AUGCGAUAUGGUUCUGACCCCACGUCUCACUUGGAGGCGCCCCCGUACUUGGCAUCGAGACUGCACGUGGAAGUGCUCAACGGAACCCUUCCCAAGGCCAUCCAAGGCCUACAUCGAUGGGAAAUGGCCCAUACGGAAGCCCGCCAGUUGCGCUGUCACAUGCACGACGUGACCAACGGGGCCGUGUACAUUGAAAGCAUGCUGCGCAAUACAGACUGGAGCUCGUGCGCAAGUUGCUGGGGCACGGCGUUCGACGCACCCUAUCGAAACGAGUUGCACAAGUCCGUUUCUGGUCUGGCAUGGCUUGCCACAGUUCAGUCGGAAGCGUGGCUGACGGUGCCAGACGAAGCGCGUCCCAAGUCUAUGGGACUGCACAGCACGUAUGCGAUUGAAAACGCCCUCUGGUGUCGGUACACGAUGAGACUGAGUCACUCGAACGGAUCGUUUCGGUUUCGCGACCAAACCACUUUCAAAAUGUCCUGGGGCGUCGCCAACGAUUUGCUUCAAGUGACACCAAACGCCACCACGUCCGUCGCGGGGCGGAGCUUGAUUCGAAGUAGCCACGUCAUUGACUUUGCCAACAUUUCGUUUCGUGGUAUGUUGAUACAAGCUGAUGCGAUUGCGAUCCCCUUGCACGAAUCGUUUUGGCUUGCCGAAUCGACGAUCGGGCCCUUUGGAUCGACCGAUUUGCAAUGUACCGUGCUCUGCGUCUUGUGA